AUGACUUGGGGAAAACCAAACGGUCAUUGGAUCAGGUCCAGGGAGGUUGAGCCUCUCCCGGACACCGGAUGCAGCUUGUGCUUUGUCACGAACAAGUUGCUCGACGGGAGUGAAGCAACCUACGUCUUGCAGCAUCACUCUCCCGACUUCAAGUGCGAGUGCCAGCAUUAUCCGGCACUUAUACGCAUGGCUCAACAUGAUCUCGCCGUGACGUGCGAGACUCACAAGGCAAUGAUGGAGCAUAUCCUGAAAUUGUACGGCGAGUUCGUGGAGAAGAUGAUGGCAACUCGAAUCUACAAUCGUCCUUAUCCCGCCUACGGCGUGGAACUCUCUUGUACCCAAGACGGCGUGCCAACCGUCACGGUUCUUGACUACAAGUGCCGUGGCAAGAAGUCGUAUGAGUUUGUCCUUCGAAAGCCUCCAAACUCGGGCGCAUCGUCCAAAGAAACAACCAUCGACACCUCCUGGAUAGACCUCAGCCGCGCCAUUGCGUGGAAGGACGAUUGCAUCCUUCGGCGGACGCCAAACUGCCGAGAGUCAGACAAUUAUGCAUUGGUAGUCCCCAACUGGCUCAUCGAUACCCAAGACAACUGCCUUGUGCGCGGUGAAAUCUCAAUGGAGUACGUCGCCUUGAGCUACCGAUGGGGCGCAUCCGUCUGGUCCAGAGUCAGCCUCGAUAAGAUCGAUGAGCUCCAAAAGCCGGGCGGCCUCGCCGACAGCUUCAUCACCAAGCUGCCAAUCAUCAGAGACGCCAUCCACGUUGUGCAAAACAUCAAAGAGCGCUACCUAUGGGUCGACGCAGUGUGCAUCAUACACGACGACAAGGCCCAUAUGUUGAACCAGAUCCAAAACAUGGGGGCAAUCUACGCAUCCGCCAAACUCACCAUCAUCUCCACCGAUGGCGAUGGCAUGACGGGUCUGCCCGGCCUCCAAAACUGCUCUUCGCCCCGACAGCUCGAGGGCAUCUUCCCGUGGACGGAGAAUCGCGAGAUUUUCGUCAGAGACCUCCCCUCCGUCAGCCACAUAUUCGUGCCUGAAUACUUCAAAAGGGGCUGGACGUUCCAAGAGUACGUUCUCUCUCAUCGGCGCCUCAUCUUUACGCGCCAACAGAUUCAUUGGACCUGCCACUGCGGAACGUGGCAUGAAGAUCUCCCAACUCUUCGCUCUCCGUUGGACGAGGCCAAUGAGACCGUCCUGCAGUCGUCCAAAAUCUUGAGACGCCGUCCCGAUCUCAACGUGCUGGGCAACCUGUUCCGCUCGUACAACAACCUCGGGUUGACCUACCCCGAGGAUGCCCUGCCGGGGAUAGCAGGCCUUCUCAAGCUCAUCAGUCCCUCCUUCGACGGCGGCUUCCUCUUCGGAAUGCCCGUCGUCUGUUUCGAGGCGGCGCUGCUCUGGGGCACCAGAUUCUGGUACUACAACAUGUCGGGCGCAAAAUACAGAGGCCUCACCAGACGAGAGCAUUCCAGCAGGCCUCGCGAUCUUCUUCCCAACGCCGAGCUGCCCUCGUGGUCCUGGAUCGGAUGGAAGAGCGACUACCUCAGCGUCUUGAGGGAUGAAGAAGAUUACCAAGUCGUGACCUACCCGAACCAGCCCCAAGAAGCCCUCUCGAGGACGGAGAAAUGGACCACGAUCCCGACCUCCCACUGGUUCAGCCAGGACACGCCAACAUCCGAAGACAGGCAGCGCAUCCGAUCCAACUGGUCCACGCCCUUCCUGGAGCCCUUCCACGACGAAGAGGUCACCGGCGGCUGGACGAGGGAAAGGUAUCCCGGCUCCAACGGCCCAGACAUCGCAAACACGCCCAGCGUCCCCUUCGGCCUCAGUGGCAAAUACGUCUACAGCCACCCCGAGUUCCCAACCCGCCUGUUCUGGCGCCCGUUCCCGCUGCACGCCCGGCGCGGCGCGAUGCAGAUGCGGCAGCGCAGGUUCAUCUCCUGCAAGACGAGGCGAGCCUUCUUCACGUGCUUGCGAAAGACGGGCUGCACCAUGGAAGCCGGCGCCAUGGACUUUCACCUCGAACUGCUGGACUAUGACGACCAGGUUUGCGGCUGGGUCCAGCUCCCGACGGCCGAUACAGAACUGCCUAGUCUCUCGCAAGAGGCCAGCCCUGACAUGGAAGAUGAGGAGGAGCCUGAAACUGAAACUGAAACUGAAGCUUCCCCAGACCUUCCGUUGGAUGUUCCGUUGGAUGUUCCGUUGGAUGUUCCGUUGGAUGUUCCGUUGGACGUUCCGUUGGAUCUCCCGUCAGAUCUCCCGUCUCCUCCCGACAGCCCUGCGGGGGAUCUCUAUGAAAUCGUCGAGGUUGUCGAGGUCUGUCGGCGAUUGUACUCCGAGAGCAUCGAUCGUCAACGUGGUCGGUGGCUCAACAGACGCGCCUACAAGCCUUUUUACGGCGUCCUUUGUAUCGAGUGGAUAGAUGGUGUAGCGUAUCGGAAAGGAUACGGCUAUAUUACACAGGAAGCUUGGGAUAGUCAUGACCUUGACUCUAUAGACUUGGUUUUAGGAUAG